UAAGGACUUGGUUGAAUCAAUCAUAGAGCAGUACUCGCCUCGUUAUUUGGAAAUUGCACAUGUUCAGUACUAUGAUGAUUUCAUUAAAAUCUACCCUGAAGUAACAUCUGACCAAGAAUUGAUGUUGAUGUUUGAGAUACACUCUAAGACAAAGGGUGUGCACAUGUUUGUUGCAUAUUGUGAUCCAUCGGAACCAUAUGAGCCUAUAACGGAGUGGCAUAGUGAUGCGCAUAGCCAACCUAACAACAUAGAACAAGAUGAUGAUGAUUAUCUUCGCAACCCAGUACCUGAGAAGGAGCAUGUUGGUGUUGAUGAGGAAAAUAUUUAUUUCGAGGAUGAACCUGUACCACUUAUCAUGGUUCCUUGUUCCAAUAAAGAAAAGGACAAAGACUAUGUUCCUGAUCAUGAGAGCGAGGCUGAGAGCAAGGUUGAGAGCGAGGAUGGGAGCGAGGAUGAGAGCAUGUCAGAGGUUGAAGUAGAGGAAGAUGAGGAAUAUCACGAGGCAGAUCAUGCACCACACAUUGAAUAUAAUAAAUUAGAUCCUCCAAUGAACGAAGGAAGAAAAUAUCCCAAUAUGGCAGAGUUUAAAUUGGCGCUUUCUCAACAUGCAAUCAAACAUGAAUUUGAGUUCGACACCGAAAAGAGUGCACCACAUAGGUUCAGAGCUUAUUGUUCAAGAAGGGAUGAAGAUAAGUGUCCAUGGAGGAUAUAUGCUUCUACAAUGGAAGAUGAGUGCACAGUAAUGGUGAGAAAGAACCCUUGUGGUCAUGAUUGCUCUAGUACAAAAAGAAAAAAGAAGUUGAAGAAUGCAAACAAGCGGUGGAUAUGUGAGCACGUGAAGGACUGGCUAAUUGAGGAUGCAACUCUAGGACCAAAGGCAUUGCUAAAGAGGCUGAAAGAGCAUCAUGGAAUCGACAUCAACUCUAAGAGAGUCUAUAUGGGUAAGUUGCUAGCCUUGAAGGAACUAUAUGGUGAUUGGGGUACAAGCUUUGAUAAUCUGUAUAGUUUCAAGGCACAAAUUGAAAGUUGCUGCCCCGGUAGCAUAGUGAUCAUUGAUCAUCACACAAUAAAAGAUAAAAUCAGAUUUAAAAGAAUUUUCGUUGCUUUGAAGCCUUGCAUCGAUGGGUUCCUUAAUGGCUGCAGGCCAUACUUGGCAGUAGAUAGCACCUUCUUGACAGGCAGGUUCAAGGGGCAGCUGGCUAGUGCUACCGCCGUUGAUGGCCAUAGUUGGAUGUAUCCAGUUUGUAUGGGUGUUUUUGAUUCUGAAACUAAUGAGAAUUGGAUCUGGUUCAUGCAAAUGGUUAAACAAGCCAUAGGAUCCCCGAGGGGUUUAACCAUAUGCACCGACGCUGGGCAACCAGUGAUGACAAGUGUAAAAGAAGUGUUCCCAGAGGCUGAACAUAGGGAAUGUAUGUUUCACUUGGUGUCCAACUUCAAGAAGAAGUUUCAUGGAAAGGUGUUUGAUGACCACCUUUGGGCUGCUGCUUACUCAUGGAACCCAUAUAUAUUUGAAAAAAAUUGGGCUGCAAUGGACCUAGCAAAGCCAACGGCAACUGCAUAUCUUAGGAGGUGGCACACUAGGUUGUGGUCUAGGAGUCAGUUCUCAACAAUUUCCAAGGUGGAUUAUGUUACAAACAACUUGGCUGAGUGCUUCAAUAAUUGGAUUAAGCAUCACAAGUCCUUGAACUUGGACGACUUCUUUGAUAAGGUUAGGCAGAUGAUUAUAAUCAUGUGGAACCGAAGGAGGAAAGUAGCAAGGAAGUUGGUUGGGUUGAUUCUUCCCCACAUAAUUAAGAAGUUGAAUGAAAAGACUAGAGAAUUAAACUUGGAGGUGGUAGAAAGCUCAGAAGAAGUCGCUGAAGUGACAGCAUUGGGAGGCAACGGCUUUAGGUUUGUGGUCAACUUGCUUGACAGGACAUGUUCUUGUAGACAAUGGCAAGUUUCUGGCCUUCCUUGCAAGCAUGGUCUAGCAUUUAUCACAUCUCUUAUCAAUGCACACAUACAGAAUUAUAUGGACUUGUAUUACUCCAUUGACAAAUUUAGAGCAGCCUAUGACCAACUAAUUCCUGCCAUGGUUGACAAGAACCAAUGGCCUAAAUCUGACCAUGGAUUCUUCAUGUUUCCACCGCUACUAAAAUCCACGGCGGGUAGGCAUAAAACUGAGAGGUAUAAAGGCUGCAGUGAGAAGAAAAGAAAAAGAGGCCAACACUUAUGCCCUAUUUGUAAGGACUAUGGGCAUCAUUGGCAUAAAUGCAAGAAGGGUAACCCAGAUGACAUUGCUGCUAUUUUAGCUGUGAGAGGACCACCAAAGAAGAGGGCAAAGACCACCAAAGCAUCAAUUGUGCCUUGCGAGGAUGAUGCUCCAGCAGCCUCUAUGUGCUUUCCGCCAAGCCAAAGCUUGGAACCUACAACUACGAAAAAGAGAAAACAUGAUAACUCAAUUACUGGAGCAUGAAAAAGCCAAAUGUUGGAGAAAACAACUAAGGAAAAAGGGAAAGGGAGUAAAUCUGGAUCCGGAGUAGCAAAAAGAUCAACAACUUAGCCCAUUUGUGUGGCCAACAAGAAAGCAUCUGUUGCUUUGAAAUUACAUGCCAAAAGAAAAAGCAAAGAGGUUGCUGAUAAGUUGCCACACCUUCCCAUGGUGCCACAUGACAGCCCUGCAAUGGGCACACAAAGCAAGAAAAUGAAUCCUUCCAGCCCUGCAAUGAGCACACGAAGCAAAAGGAGACUUAGCUUGUGAUUCUCAUUGGAUCCCUUUCUAUAUAAUGAUUCAUUUUGGAAACUUUUGAGCUGUCUAUGUAAUCUAUAUGUGAACCUGGGCUUUUGUACGUGCUAUAUGUGACCUUCAUGUGUUGUAUUUGACAUGAUGUGAACCUGGACUAUUAUAUGUGAACUCUAUGUGAACCUGAAUGUGUGUAGAGGACUAAAUAUGUGGACUGUUUGCGUAUA